UAUUAUAAAAGGAUCUAUGAAUGUUGGCGCGUUAAAUGCUCAAGUAAAGACAUUAACACCAAUCAAUAAAUACUUGUUAUUUCUGAAUUCUCAUUAACACUCUUCCGUUCCAUUAACACUUGGUUUCAGUCCUCAAUGGGUCGACCCGAUGAAGAUCGAUCAGAUAUUGUGUUCUUCGACGUGGAGACAAGCGUCCCGACCCGACCCGGUCAGGGUUUUGCCAUUCUGGAAUUCGGAGCCAUUUUGGUGUGCCCCAGGAAGCUGACGGAGCUCCGAAACUACUCCACCUUGGUCCGACCCGCUGAGAUGUCUCUCAUCUCCCCCUUGUCGGAGCGUUGCAACGGCAUCACCGCCGACGCCGUUUCCUCCGCUCCUACCUUCGCCGACAUCGCCCAUGCCGUUUAUGACCUUCUUCAUGGACGGAUUUGGGCGGGUCACAAUAUCAUAAGAUUUGACUGUGUUCGGAUCAGAGAUGCAUUUGCUGAGAUUAAUCAGCCGCCACCUGAACCCAAGGGUACUAUUGAUUCUUUAGUUUUGUUAACUCAAAAGUUUGGAAGAAGAGCUGGUGACAUGAAGAUGGCUACUCUUGCAACCUAUUUCGGACUUGGACGACAGACACAUAGGAGCUUAGAUGAUGUUCGGAUGAAUCUUGAAGUCCUCAAAUACUGUGCAACAGUUCUAUUCUUGGAGUCAAGUCUUCCAGAUAUAUUCACUGCAAAUAGUUGGGUUUCACCAAAUGCUACUACAAGAAGUCGUAGUAAUGGGAAAUCUCCAUCAGAAGGGAGCUUAUUAAAUAUGAAUAAGGAUUCUAUAUUGUUAUCAUCUCCUGCAACUGAAAAUCAUCCAAUACUUUCUCUUGCAAUGAUGAGCAGUACAAAAGGGGCUGCCCCAAAUACUGGACAUCCUAAUAUAGUUCAAUCGGAUCCUUAUAACUUCAGUGCUCUUCGGGAUGAAAUAAAAAAAGAAUCCAUUCUGUCAGAUGUUGCCAUGGAUGAAAAACCCAUCCGAGAGUCACUUGAUAUAUCUUCCUCAUCUUCUGUGACUCAGGCUUGCAGCAGUUCUAUUGUUGUUUUAGUACCUGACGACAUAUGCAUCCCUUCUAUUGAUGCAUCUCUUGUUCCAUUAUAUCCCGGCAAUCAAAGGAUAGAAUUACUGCAUGAAGGUUUCCUCUUUCAGCUUCAUUGUACUGGUCUGAAAGUACGGUUUGGAAUAAGCACAAAGUUUGUUGAUAAUGCUGGCCGGCCACGGUUGAGUUUUGUGGUUGAUCCAUCACCAAGUUUAUGUAAUGUUCUUGAUGCAUGUGAAAGAGUUGCACAUAAGUUAUCCAUGGAUUCUGGUAGCAACUCUGAUUGGAGGCCAGUUGUUAUUAGAAGAGAUGGCUUCAUCAAGUAUCCUACUAUCAGAUUGCAUAUACCUACAGCAGUAUGCGAAAGCAAUACCAUUUAUGCAACGGAAAUAUAUCAAAGAGAAUCAGCAUCUGGCGCUGUGCAAAGACUUCUCUUCAGUAAGUUUGAUGCUGCAGAACUUGGAUCCUUGUUCAUGCCCGGCACAUUUGUUGAUGCAUUCUUCUCCUUAGAUGUGUAUGAUUAUCAGCAGAAUGCAGGGAUUAAAUUAGUUGCCAAAAAAUUGAUCAUUCAUUGCAAUUAGAAGGAAUAUGAGAUUUAACCAUAGGAUACAUGCUACAUGCAUAUUAAGUAUCAUCAAUUUGAUACAAUCAGGAUUGACAAGUUAAAUAUUGUUUG